CCACUGUGUUUGUUUGUCCCGGUACGUACUUGCAGCGUACCGUACAUCCAGUUGCGUGUUCGAGUUUCGAGUUUCGAGUUUCGAGUUCGAGUUCGAGUUUCGAGUUUCGAGUUUCGAGAUUCGAGAUCGGGUCUGUUCCCAAUGCCCGACCAAAAGCUAGAUUGGCACAAAACAAAAAACGAAACAGUGCCAAACGAAUUCCCAUCGGCACAGCGAUCGACAGCAAACAGGGACCAGAGAUGAAUCGCGAUGGGUGCCGCCGCACGGCGAACGACUCCUGCCGCCUGUGCCGCUUCGUUGGCCUCGCCGUCGUCGCCGCGAGCGCGAUUUCCGUGGUCUUUCCGUUUCCCGGAACGGGCAUCGGCGCAACCGACGCCUUUUCGGCGGUGAGAGCGACGAGAAAAGAGCAAUUCCAUGGGUCGGAGCAACAACCGCCGCCGCAUCGGAGGUCGGGUUCGAGGUCGGGUUCGAGGUCGGGUUCUCGCGUUCGAUACAACCGCCCCCGCCUCGUUUCGGAACGGCUAAUGUCGACGGCCAGCGAUGCGGACCCUUUGGGUUCCCACCCCACCGGCGGGAGCACCAGGGACCGCCAAAGCGAACCCAAACUCGACACGCACACCAACACGCACACCAACACGACGGUUGCCUCGGGCGGUGGCUCCAAACGGGAGGAACGGAAGCGAUACGACGCGGAGCUAGAGGAAGCCUUUGCGCAACAAACGAGGGAAACGAAUCCCCUGCUCGGGGUCAAAUCGAUCGGUGUGGACUACGGAUUGGUCCGAACCGGGGUCGCCGUCACGAUCGGGUACAACCCCGAAGCACUGGACGUGAUUGUUACGGAUCGUCCGCUCCUCUUCGACGACGAGAAGGAAGGAAUGUCCGAAGAGGAAGCCGAGAAACAAGAAGAGAAAAGGCUGGAAACACAGCGCUCUAGGGUGGCCGAGCGUGUCGUGGAACUGGCCCGCCGCGAAAAGGCCGAUCGCAUCGUCGUCGGGUUGCCCCUCCACAAAAACGGGACGGAAGCCCCGCAGUCGAUGCUCGCCAGGAAAUUCGCCUGCGACCACCUGGCCCCGUCGGUCCUGCGGGUGCUGGGCCCCGGUGUGUCGGUGUACAUGUGCGACGAACGGUACACCUCCAAAGAAGCGGCCGCGAGGAUCCGAAGCCAGACCUCGCAGAGGAACAACAACAGCAAUGAUUUGUAUGGGCUCCUCGACGCCGAAUCCGCAAAGAUCAUACUGGAGCAGUACUACAACGACCACCUCCAGAGGCACAACACGAAGGGCCGUGGUUCCGUCGAUAGAGGAAAUGAUGAUACCAAUGUCGACGACGACGACGACAACAACAACAGCAACAAUCGUGCCGACCCUAGCUACAACGGAGAACUCGUAACGAUCCGAGACCCCAAAUUGAUCGAGGAGCUUACACUGGAACACAAUGAGAGACUCCGGUUGGAACGGGAGAGGCUGGCGGAGGAAAGAAACGAGCGAGAAAAUCGGAUAAAAUGGAGGAAACUCGCCAUGGAAAAAGAGAGAUUGCGUGCCGAAGAGCAGCGAAAACUAGACGCUGCCAACGGCGUCACCGCGAAGAAGAAAAAGAAGAAGAAGCGAAAAAAGAAAUAGCCGAAAUCGCUACCAUGAAACAAAAGACAAUUUGCCAC